GCCCAUUAUCUUGAGGUCCCUUUGCCACCAACACCUCACGCCUGUUGGUCCUUUCUUCCCUUCUUCUCCAAGACAAUCUUUAGAGCGUUUGCGAUCAACAACUUCAUCCACACGCUUCUUCACACACCAUGGUCCUUCUUAAGAGCUUGGUGGUAGCCAGCUUGGCUGCUGCCGUGGCGGCCAAGUCUGCCGUCCUCGACCUUAUCCCCUCCAACUUCGACGAUGUCGUCCUCAAGUCCGGCAAGCCAACCCUCGUCGAGUUCUUUGCGCCCUGGUGCGGUCACUGCAAGAACCUCGCCCCCGUCUACGAGGAGCUUGCUACCGCUCUCGAGUACGCGAAGGACAAGGUCCAGAUCGCCAAGGUCGACGCCGAUGCUGAGAGAGCGCUGGGCAAGCGUUUUGGUGUCCAGGGGUUCCCCACCCUCAAGUUCUUUGAUGGCAAGAGCGAGCAGCCGGUAGACUACAAGGGCGGACGUGAUUUGGACAGCCUGUCUAACUUCAUUGCCGAGAAGACCGGCGUCAAGGCCAGGAAGAAGGGUUCUGCUCCUAGCCUUGUUAACAUCCUUAACGAUGCCACCAUCAAGGGCGCCAUUGGCGGCGACAAAAACGUCCUGGUUGCUUUCACUGCUCCCUGGUGCGGCCACUGCAAGAACCUCGCUCCUACCUGGGAGAAGCUUGCCGCUACCUUUGCCAGCGACCCGGAGAUCACCAUUGCCAAGGUUGAUGCCGAUGCGCCUACCGGCAAAAAGUCCGCCGCCGAGUAUGGCGUUUCCGGUUUCCCCACGAUCAAGUUCUUCCCCAAGGGAAGCACUACCCCCGAAGACUACAACGGCGGCCGCUCCGAGGCUGAUCUCGUCAAGUUCCUGAACGAGAAGGCCGGUACCCACCGUACCCCCGGUGGUGGCCUUGAUACCGUUGCUGGUACCAUUGCUGCCCUCGAUGAGAUUGUUGCCAAGUACACCGGCGGCGCCUCCCUGGCUGAGGUUGCUGAGGAGGCUAAGGAGGCCGUCAAGAGCCUGAAGAACUCUGCCGAGCUCAAGUACGCCGACUACUACCUCCGCGUCCUCGACAAGCUUAGCAAGAGCGAGGGUUAUGCCACUAAGGAGUUUGCCCGUCUGGAGGGCAUCCUCAAGAAGGGUGGUCUUGCCCCGGCCAAGGUUGAUGAGCUUACCGUCAAGGUCAAUGUUCUCCGCAAGUUUGUUGAGAAGGCGGCUGAGGAGGCUAAGGAGGAGCUCUGAAUGUACAGCUAAUCGCUCAACACCCCUUGAAGUUGUAGCUGGCUGCUUGUAAUAAUAGAUCCAAUUCUGAAUAAAUGAACGUUUGGUCCUAAUG